AUGGAUUACUUGGGAUAUAAAGACUUGUGGAGAGUCCAGAAAGCUAUUCGAUGGACCCUCCCAGUGUCAUACUGGAGGACCCGCAUUGACACUUGGCUUUUCUUUGAGGUGAAGGAAGUGCUCGGUGAUGAGGACAUUGACUGGCAGUUCCUAGCUCUUCGACUGGAAGAAGAGGCCGGACCUGUCCGAUUAUCCCUGCGUGGUCCUCUCAAGGGUCUCGUCAGGGACUUUGAACGGUUACUGAACGAGGACCAAAGUGGAUCAUCUGUAUGA